AUGGCGGAUGGGGACAGUGGCAGUGAGCGCGGUGGCAGCAGCGGCGGCGGAGGGGGAGGUGGCGGUGGGUUUCAGCAUUACCAGCGGGAACCGGAGACCCAGGAGUUGGCCUCGAAGCGGUUGGACAUUCAGAACAAACGCUUCUACCUUGACGUGAAGCAGAACGCCAAAGGCCGGUUCAUCAAAAUUGCCGAGGUCGGCGCCGGGGGCUCCAAAAGUCGGCUGACCCUCUCCAUGUCAGUUGCGGCAGAGUUCCGCGACUACCUGGGGGAUUUCAUAGAGCACUACGCCCAGCUUGGGCCUAGCACCCCGGAGCAGAUCGCUCAGUCUUCCGGUGGGGAUGACACCGGGCCUAGACGGGCCUUGAAGAGUGAAUUCCUGGUGCGCGAGAACCGCAAAUACUACCUCGACCUGAAGGAGAACCAGCGGGGUCGGUUUCUCCGGAUCCGGCAGACCGUCAACCGAGGCCCCGGCUUCGGAGUUGGAGUGGGUGGCAUCCCGGGGGCUGGCCUACAGGCCGGUCAAACCAUUGCACUCCCUGCCCAGGGCUUAAUAGAGUUCCGCGACGCCUUGGCCAAGUUGAUAGACGACUACGGGGGAGAUGAGGAGGAUCUGGCCGGUGGCGGAGGGGCCGGGGGCUACAGCGAGCUCCCGGAAGGCACCUCAAUCAUGGUGGACUCUAAACGGUUUUUCUUUGACGUGGGAUCCAACAAGUACGGAGUUUUCUUGCGGGUGAGCGAAGUGAAGCCCAGUUACAGAAACUCUAUAACAAUCCCCUUCAAGGCGUGGAGCAAGUUCGGGGGAGCUUUCAGCCGCUACGCCGAGGAGAUGAAGGAGAUCCAGGAGCGGCACCGGGAUAAGAUGUACGAGAGGAGAGCCGGUGAGGAGUCGGAGGGCGACGACGUGGACGACGAUUGA